AUGCCCGGUGUGCCGUCGAACAAGGCUUGCGAGCGCUGCAAAAAGCGUCACAUCAAGUGCGAUGAGACACGCCCACGUUGUCAGCGCUGCACAGAUGCUGGGGUUGAGUGCCCAGGGUUUGUGCAGACGCGCAAGUUCAUCGACCAAGGCGCCUCAGUAAGGCGCCGAUAUGCUCCAUAUCAGGAGCAUGUGCCUAAGCCCGGUUCAGGGAGAAACACCCCUCGCACGGUGAAAAGCCAUCAUCCAGAAUCGGAGCAAAGCGAAGGCAGUGGCGCUGACCCCCAAGGCCCUCCUCACUCUGAGUCGCCUCCACUCAACGCUAGUAUUGGAAUUCAGCCGCCGUUCCCCCCUGCAGCCUCAGCAUGGCAGUCAGCUCGUAUCUCCCAGCCAGACCAAGGUCAGAAUGCCAGUAAUUUGAGCAACCAGCCUGGAGUUGACCGCACGUUCGAGCCCGGACUUUGGCAAGAUUCAAAUUCUCGUAUUAAUCAAGCCUCUAUGCCAUUAGUCAAUUACAGCGCUAAUUCUGGCGGCACUACUGAUGACCAUCAACGACAGGACUCAGCUACGGGUGGCCCUUUGCCGGGGACGCCGUCUGAUCGCGGUGAACGUGAACAGUUCCAAGACAUAUUCUCAGAGUUGAUGACCGGAACCGAGCAUGAACUAUGCUUCCUGGUUCGGCAUUAUUGCGAGAUUCUAGCUUCUUGGCUGGACAUUUCAGAUAGCGGGAGAUUCUUUGCCGCUGCUGUCCCAGUUCGAGGUAUAGACGAAUUGUCAUUGCGGUAUGCAAUGGCAGCCCUUUCGGCAAAACACCUGGCAAAAAUGAAGGGGGUCAAAUUGGCGGGUAUAGCUGGGAUGUUUACAUCUCCUGCGACAAUGGAGGCCUACCCAAAUACCCAACAGGUUGACUGGCCUCUGAAAGCCGCCAAUUACUACUAUUUGGCUGUCACACAUAUGAACUCGUCUAUCUCGGACUAUGCAGCUGUGUCCACUUCAGACGUCCUUGAACCGCCAAUAUCCAUCGUAAAUCGCUGGCUGAACCUCCAGCUGAGACAAGCCCAAAGCCACCUGGUAACUAGCGACGCGACCUGGAAGACAACUGAGAACCUGUUGGCUAGCUCGACGAUACUCACCCUUUACAAGAUCCUCGAUGAGCCCGGAGAGAAUUGGCAAUCGUAUCUUUCCGGAGUCAAACCGCUUUUCUCCCAGUUUCUUAAUCUGCUUGCCCAGGGCAGUGGAGACCACAACAGCUUUCCCUCCGGCGUCACGGCGGCUUUCUGGAACUUUGCCAGAAUGGAUUAUCUAGCCUCGUACUAUAAUCGACUACCUACCCACCUCGACGCCGACGAUUAUGCGUUAUGGCGAGCUGCUGGUCUUUCGGUCGAUGAUCAAGGAAAUCUAUCUUCGCCUGACAGCUUGCCCAAAUCCCAAGCCUUUUCGCAAGAAGACAUUGCCGCAAACUCUCUGAUACGCCUCCUGAACAAAUUGACGAAUUUCCUGGCCGCUUCCAAGAGAUCACAACUUGAGCACUGGGUCGGAGGGGAGUCUCCUGAAGUAACCGCCUCAAGUCGUACAACUCCUAGCUCCCCUGAUUCUUAUCCAAACAGCGCGACGUGGCUUAAACUCUCCUUCGAAUUCCAAUCUUGGGUUGAGCGAAUGCCUGAAACAUUCCGUCCCUGUCUGCGCCUGGAAAAACCAACACAGUUCCCAACCUUUCCAGAGAUAUUUUACAGUCUGACAUCCUGCGCUGCCGCCAUGCAACAGUACCAUUUUGGACGUCUUGCAUUGUCUCUCAACCGUCCAUCAGAUGACGUUUCAGGUCCCAGCACCUCCUUCGAUCGUCUUCAGGGCUAUCGAGAUCUUACAAAAGAGGUCGACCACCGUUGCCGAGAAAUAUGCGGAAUCGCACUCGGCAGGCCGCCGAGCGGUGCGCGCGUGCAUAUGAUAACCAUGCUCUACGCGGUUGGACAGUGUUUGGAGAAACCGGAAGAAAAGCAGGUUGUCGUCGACUUAUUGCGGGGAAUCGAAGCUGAUCUGGGCUGGUCGACCGCUACACAAGUGGAGAAGCUGCAGAAAUGA